AUGAGGGCGCGCGCCGCUGCGCGCUCAUCGCACCACCUUGCUGGUGAUGCUGAAAGCAGGAUCGCUCAUCUGAGAGAUGCUCAUCACCAACGCAAUGUGACCAUCACACUGCACACGCAAGCAAAGGGCACCUCUGAGUUCAGGUCUCCUGGAGCGACGCUCCAAAGAAUAUUCAUGCCUGGAAAAGGUUUUCCUGAAGUUGGGAAGCUCAAGCAGACAGCCGUCGCCAAUAAUUCUGUCACUCUGUCCUGGGAACGACCGAAGGGUUGUUUCGAUGCCUACCUUGUCACGGCCAGCGCAGAGAACACGGAGCUUGGUAGCCAAGAGACCAGCGCUGGCACAUGUGGUAAUGGAACCAUCGUUCCCGCAAACGAGACCAGUGUCACGUGCGACGGCAUCAGGGCGUCAAGUGUGAGCAUCAUGGUGCAGACGCGCAGGUUGAAGUCGGACGGUCUUAUUUCGCAGGGCGUGACACUUCAAGGAAUCGCCAUGUCCAAACUGGUGCUGCCCGACGUAACGAACUUCAGCUUGAUAGAUGUUGGACCCGACUCUUUCACGGUAUCCUGGGCAAGGCCGUCCUCUUAUUUCGACUACUACUGGGUCGAGGUGUACGACAACAGCAACGGGACAGACAUCCCUACACCGCAUCGAGUUGGUUCAUGUGCAUACGGGAACAUAAUUCAUCGAGAUCAGAACCAAAUCACCUGCGACAAGUUCAAGGCAUGCGUUAACGCAAGCAUCACAGUACACGCACAAAGCAAGGGUCCCUCAGGUCUGACAUCCCCUGGGGCAACGCUCAGAGGUAUCUUCGUGCCAGGAAGAGGUCUUCCUGAGGUGAGGCAGCUGAAACUGACAGAGAUGGACAAGGAUUCUAUAACUGUUUCCUGGCAACGACCGGAGGGCUGCUUUGACGGCUAUAUAGUUGAAGUCACUGAAGAAAACAGCGGAAGCAGUGGUGUUGGAGGCCUCAGUGCGGGCUCCUGUGCGGGUGGAAUCAGUGUUGACGCUGAACACACUAGCAUCACGUGCAGGAAAAUAGAAGCUUGCAGCGUGAGAAUCACCGUACGUACGCAAAGAACAGGACCACUCGAGCUUACUUCAUCUGGUGUUUCCCUGAACGACAUCGUCAUGUACAAAAAAGAUAUGCCAGAGGUGCUGCCGACAAUUAAAGUGGCUAAUGACACAUUUGUACUGCGCUGGAAUUGGCCAACUGGCUGCUUCGACAAGUACAAUCUCGAGGUCGCCUAUGAACCUUACGAACAUUCGAUCUUUAAAACGCAGCGUAUUGGUUCAUGUGUUGGGACAACCGUUCUAGAGCCUGACGUUACAAAUGUUACUUGUUCACAUCUGCCAGCCUGCGUAAACACCAGCGUAAUUCUACGCACUCAGCGAAAUGGACCACAUGGACGUGUUUCACGUGGUGAAGCAUUGUCUGUGUAUUCUAAAGAAGGAGAUCUUGUAGACUUUGACCUCUACCUUGACAGGGUGACACCGACUACGGCUGAAAUCAUCAUAGACCCGCAUCUUCCGCCGUCCUGCUCACCGCGUUACUGCGGGGCGUAUAUAUGUCGCUUCUACAAGAGUGGAGCGAUCGUGAAAAAUUGUUGGGGUGAGGAGUGCGAGGCACGUAAAUCAUACAGCAGCGAAAUGGUCGUGAACUUAAAACAUCUCACUCCUGGAGGAUUUCAUACGUGCAGAGUUACCCUCAGGUACAACAAUGAAGUCGCAAAACAAAUCGGAUUCAACGCCAUUCAAUAGCAAACACCCUGUACCACAUGGUCUGAAAUGCUUCCUGUCAGAGGAAAACACGAGCGACAAAAGAAUCGUCCUCAACUGACGCAUCCUUCAGCUGAGACUUGGAUUGGUGGUCUUCGCAAUGGGUGAAAAAAAAAA